GAUUAUUACAAAGUUUAACGAAAUAUACAAAUUGCUUUUUUUGUGUACACCACAUUUUUAUAUCUCCACGUCACAGUUGCUAAAUAAGAAUCUUAAAUAUAAAAGGUGAAUUAACCCCCAAUUUUGAUUCUAAUUGCAGAAUGCCUAUUGAUCUAGGUUCGUUGUUUAAAAUUUUCACGGACUCCCUUUGUGGGCCGGUUGAUAUGAGUAAUCCUGCCGCGGCCGACUUCGCGAUGUUGAUGAUGUUCAACGGCUUUAUGGUCGGAAAUUGGAAUGCCAUCAAUAACACGCUAAGCCCUGUCAAGUCCUUCCUCGCCAGCACGGGCGAGUUCGCGUCGGUGGAGCAGCGCCAGCAAAUCAUUUCCGCCAUGCUUGAAAAGGCGUUCAAGGGCCUCAGCUUUGAUACGCGCAUUAAUCUCUUCAUCGGCGAUCACGCAAAGGACAAUUCCGACCCCCUCAACAGCUGCCUUUUGCUCGCGAACCAACAUCUGCUGCGGAUUGUCGACGCCUACGUCAGCUUCGACGUCUCGAGCGGCACCACCUUCGCCGAGGGGAUUCACGCGAUCCUUCGCGAUUUCGCCAAGGGCUGGCAUGCGGCCCUCUCCGAGGCUUUUUCGGGCCCCAACAAGGCUUUGGAGUUUGUGAAGCUCCUCUCGGAGGCCGCGGCGAUCCAGAUCCCGGGCCCUGUUUCGGACAAACCGCUAAAGGCAAGGAUGUUCGCGGAGAUGAUGGUCAAACUUUACACCAAGCUGGUGAACGAAGGCACCUCACAAAGUACGGUUUCACGCUGAGAAUACUCAAGCGCGAGUAUUCCCGAUAAGACUAUUAAUCUAUCGACUGUUCCCCAUCACUGGGCCAGCUAACUAAACGUCCACUAAAACGUCCUGUCAAGAGUCCCAAUGCCUCAGGGGGGCUGCGGUGGCUUCUUUU